AUGCCUGUCGGGUGUGGUGACCUUUGGUUCGCAAACCCGACAGAACCAGACAACAAACAACUAGAAUCUCACAUCUCAGCCAUUAGCCUCUGGACAAAACGUGCAGAAAGGUUCGCUGGUAGGCAGCAACGAUCGUUUAUAAAUAUACACCGGUUUAUUUUAGGUGGAUACACAGCAUUAACCUUGAAUAAACAUGCACAAAGGUCUGCAACUACUACAUGGCUUCCUAGUCUGCAAAAGGUGCAGGAGGGACGUCAGCCACAGUGUAGUUAUCACAUCUAUCGAAGGGUAUUCAAGUCAUUGAAUCUUUCUUUCCAUCACCCAAAGAAAGGCCAGUGUAGCCUUUGUUCGUCCUAUAAAGAAGGCAGCACGGAAACGAAGGCCAAACUCGAAGAUUCUUUUGCUGCACACAUUGCAGAGAAGGACUCUGUGCGAAAGAAGAAAAAAGAUGCUAAAGAAUCAUCACAAGAAAACCCUGAAGCAAUAGCUAGUGCUGUAUUCGACCUGCAACAGAUAAUUUCGCUUCCAAGAAGCAAUGAAAGUGGAAUUUUUUAUAGCCGUCGUCUAUCAGUGUUCAACUUUACGAUUUACAACCUAGGAAAUAAAAACUGCUUGUGUUAUCUUUGGAACGAAAUUAAUAGUAAACGAGGGUCCAACGAAAUAUCAACAUGCGUGGCAAACUCCCUUAUUCAGCUGGAUACCCAGGGAAUAAAAGAAGUCUCAGUUUUUGUCUCAAUGUAUGUACAUCGAUUGAUCCAAGAAAACACUAUCGUCCACAUUCAGUGCAGUGUAUCAGAAGAUGUAAAUUGUGCAUUGUGUUUGUCCCUAUUUAUGCAUUCAUUUGCAAGAGACGAUAAUGAUGGAUGGAUCAGUGCUGGACCUCCUGCUGUUUAUCCAGAGAGUAAUGCGGUGAACGAAUUCAUCAACGAAGUGUUAAUAAAUGCAGGUCCUCGAAAACCCUACAUUUUAUUGGCUACUACUACUCCAUUCUUAUCAAGAACUGAUCAACAGUAG